ACAGCAGUUUUAUCAUGCCACUUUUCAGAUAGGGUAUAUUUGCCAACUGAGCCAGGGUCAGUUGUAAUUUUCAUACUAGCCGUUAAAAUGAUUAGACUAUUAUCUCAGCAGGCUGUGACACCUCUUUACCUAUUUUAUCACUCCCAUUGCUAGUUUUCUACAGUGUAACCAUAACUCAGAAGAUGGGCGGCUGUAGCUCUCAGAGCUGCCACCGCUGUUUCUUUGAAUAUGAAACUGAAAGAAUGAUUGUGGUGAAGAGCAAAGUAGUGGGAUCCGUCUUCAGAUUAAUCCAGUUUCUGAUCCUCUUUUAUGUAAUUGGGUAUGUCUGUGUGGUGCAAAAGUCCUACCAGGAAACAGACUCAGUGAUCAGUUCUGUCACAACCAAGGUGAAGGGCACUGGCUUCACCAACACCUCUGAUCUGGGUGCCCGUGUGUGGGACGUGGCUGAUUACAACAUCCCCCCUCAGGGUGAGAGUUCUUUCUUUGUGUUGACCAACAUGAUUGUCACCCCCAAUCAAACUCAAUCGACCUGUCCCGAGCUCCCAAACCAAUCCACCAUUUGCAUGUCAGACAGUGACUGCUUAGAGGGAUCCAAUGAUGUUCGUGGAAACGGUAUCCAGACAGGGCUAUGCAUGAACUACUCAGAGACUGUCAAAACAUGUGAAGUGCUAUCUUGGUGUCCUCUUGAAAUAGACAUCAACUUACCCGAACAUGCACUGCUGGUUGCAGCAGAGGACUUCACGGUGCUAAUCAAAAACAGUGUGACAUACCCCAAAUUCAACUUUCACAAAAGAAACAUUUUGCCUGAUGUUAACUCCUCAUAUCUGAAGCAAUGUGAAUUCAAUCGCAAAACAGACCCUGACUGUCCCAUCUUCCGCCUUAAAGACAUGGUCUCUGAAGCUGAGGAGGACUUUCAGACCAUGGCAAUCAGGGGUGGUGUUCUUGGGAUUAUGAUUGACUGGAGCUGUGACCUGGACUGGCCUGAACAUUACUGUGGCCCUAAGUACUCCUUCCGCAGGCUAGACAACAAAAUCCCUGAAAACAAUGUGGCCCCUGGAUACAACUUUAGGUUUGCCAAGUACUACAAAACCACAGAUGGUCGGGAAACAAGAACCUUGAUCAAAGCAUAUGGAAUCCGAUUUGAUGUCAUUGUAUUUGGAACGGCAGGUAAAUUCAACAUGGUUCCGACCAUAGUGAAUGUAGGUGCAGCGCUUACGUUUCUCUCUUUGGUGAAUGCAGUUUGUAACUGGUUUCUCCUGACAUGCACAAAGAAAAGAGAUUACUACAGCAAACACAAAUUCACAUAUCUGGAUAACACUGAUGACAAUGCUGGUGAACCUCUGGGAGAAACAACGUAUGGGACCCGGUAGAUCCUGCACAGAGAAGUGGUCAUUUCACAUUGUGGGGGAAUGUUGAAGCCAUCUUCUUUUGUCCAGACCUCUAGCCAUCUCCAGCCCCUGCCCCCUAAACAUCAUACA